AUGAUUUACCAUACACCAUAUGAGGUCGGCUCCCCAUCAGAACUUUGGAAACGUUGUUGGCAUGAUUUAUCAGAUGAUAUCCUUCACACCUUGCGGAGAAAAUUUGAUUUCCCAAGCUAUCAGGUGGGUGAUGCAGAGCUAGAACAAUAUACUCUUUUGGAAAUCGAGAAGCUGCUUUUGCAAAGUGAUAAAUCACUUGCUGAUUACUCUGACAUGCCAACUCCAGAUAAAGAGUUACUAAAAGCUUUGAGAAAUAGCCUGCUACAGGAGGAAAAACGGUAUAAUGUUCCCAAAGAGCUAGCUGACCAUAACAGUCUCUUCGCCACCCUGAACAAAGAGCAGAGGGAAGUGUAUGAUGCAGUGAUAGAGUCUGUUAUCGAGAAGAAAGGGAAAUUAUUCUUUGUUUACGGCCCGGGAGGAACAGGUAAAACAUUUCUCUACAAAACUAUCAUUUCAAGAUUACGGUCUGAGAAAAAAAUAGUGCUACCCGUCGCGUCAUCUGGCAUAGCAGCAUUACUUCUACCGGGGGGGAGAACUGCUCACUCACGCUUCAAAAUUCCUCUCAAUGCACUAGACGACACUAUGUGUAACAUAAACAAAGGAACAUUUGUGGCAGAACUCAUCAUCCAAACUGAAUUAAUCAUCUGGGAUGAAGCCCCAAUGACACAUCGUCAUGCAUUUGAGGCCCUAGAUCGAACCCUGCGGGACCUGAUGUCAAGUGAGAGACCCUUCGGAGGGAAAACAGUUGUUCUAGGUGGUGAUUUCAGGCAGAUUUUACCAGUAAUACCACAAGGGAGUAGACAAGACAGCAUCAUGGCUGCAAUUAAUCGGUCCUAUCUUUGGAGUUCGUGUCAUGUAUAUGAGUUAAAGCAGAAUAUGCGGCUGAACCCAGACGAGAAACAAUUCGCAAAAUGGUUGCUGGAUGUGGGAGACGGGGUGGCGGAAGAAGUAAAGACAAGUGAAAAUGAAAUCCUCACAAGCCAAGAAAUAUUAAUGGACGAAAGGUUGUUACUCCGCAAUACGAAACAUCCGAUCGCUGCGAUCGUCGCUGAAUGCUAUGAGGAUCUCCAAACAUCAUACACCAAACAAGAAUACUUAACUGAAAGAGCAAUUCUCACUCCCAAAAAUGACGCUGUAGACGAGGUAAAUCAAUUUUUGCUAGACCAAAUUCCAGGUGAAGUGAAAGAGUACUAUAGCUCAGAUUCUGUUGCGAUUGGUGAUAGCAACAUGGAGGACGAGAAUGGGAUAUACCCCCCAGAGUAUCUGAAUUCACUUAAGUUCUCUGGUCUUCCGAAUCAUGUCUUAUCUUUAAAGGUUGGUGCACCAGUAAUGCUUCUGCGGAACCUUAACCAAAAAGAAGGCCUCUGCAAUGGAACAAGAAUGGUUGUCACCAGGCUAGGAGAACGCGUCAUUGAAGCAGAACUACUCACCGGAACUCAUGUUGGGAAGACUGUCAUAAUUCCAAGGAUAAUAUUGUCACCCACCGACACAAUUUAUCCAUUCACCCUAAGGAGAAGACAAUUCCCGAUACGUUUAUGCUACGCCAUGACAAUUAACAAGAGUCAAGGUCAAAGCCUCAAAAAGGUAGCUUUGUAUCUUCCGAAUCCAGUCUUUAGCCAUGGGCAACUGUAUGUCGCCUUCUCACGAGUAACCUCUGCCCAAGGGCUAAAGGUCAUCAACAUGAAGCCUCUUCAUGCCAAACCAACAGUCAGUAAUGUAGUCUACAAAGAAAUUUUCAACGGUCUACCAUGGACAAACAGACAUGAAGACAUUUAG